GGCUAGAGCUAUGGUUCUCCAUGCUUCUAAUUGGGUCCAUCAAGCCUCACUUACCCUCCAUGGGUUGGACUCGGGCCAUACCCUUAAAAGUGGCAAUAGUUUAGCACUAAGUGACUGUGCCAAGUUGUAUAAUGAGAGUGAGUAUAGGCUCUCGUUUCUCCUCUCCGGUGAAGGCUACAACAUUAACGACACUCGCACUUGGUUAAGCGCCGUGCUCACCAACCAUAGGACUUGUUUGGAUGGAUUGAAUGAGAAAGGGUUUGUUAAAGCUAAUAAUGCAGUUUCCCAUAACUUAACAGUGUUUCUUAGUGAAGCUCUGGCUCUGUAUAGGAAGGGUAAGGGUACAAAGCAAGGUAAGGAUGGAUACCAAAACGGUGGGAUUUUGGUGUCAUGGAGCCCGGCAACAUCUAGGGCAGAUUUUCUGGUUGCGAAAGAUGGUUCCGGCACCCACAGAACAAUAAAUGAGGCAGUGGCUGCAGCUGCAAGAAUGGACAACAGCCACCUCGGAAGAGUAAUCAUCUACGUGAAGGCAGGGGUUUACAAUGAGAACGUGGAAAUUGAAAGGAAUGCGAAUAACAUAAUGAUGGUCGGUGAUGGCAUGAACAGAACAAUCGUCACGGGUAACCAGAAUGUCCCUGGUGGCACCCUACAGCUCCGCAACAUUUGGGACAUGACGUUCGAGAACACUGCCGGUCCGGAGAAACGACAGGCGGUGGCACUGAGGGUGAACUCUGACCGCUCUAUCUUUUACCGGUGCAGCUUCAGGGGUUAUCAGGACACCCUGUUCGUCCACUCGCUCAGGCAAUUCUACCGUGACUGCCAAAUCUACGGCACCAUCGAUUUCAUAUUCGGCAACGCGCCGGCCGUCUUCCAGAACUGCGAUAUUUUCGUCAGGAAACCCAUGAGCCUCCAGGCCAACAUAAUAACCGCACAGGGCAGGGAAAAUCCCAACGAAAACACUGGGAUUUCGAUCCAGGGAUCACGGGUCAGGCCCGCACCCGAUCUAGUCCCUGUAAAAGAUUCGUUCAAAACUUAUUUAGGCAGCCCCUGGAAAGAAAACUGCAAGUAUAUGAACACCGGUGGAGGAGCCUCGACGGCAAACAGACUGAAAUGGCCGGGUUUCCAUGUGUUGAAGAGUCGCAAGCAAGCUAGCCCCUUUGAGCUCAGCAAUUUCAUUCAAGGGGAGUCCUGGAUUCCGGAGAGCGGUGUGCCAUUCUCUCUUGAAAUUUAAUGGCAGUUUACUCAAUUUUCAAGCUUGUGUUCUACGUAAGAUCCUAUCUUGUCUUGUACUAAUGAACUAAUAGUGAAAUCAGAAAAGGGAUGGACAGGUCACAGCAGGUUGGAGUGACCGUAAAACAGCAUUUUCUAAUGAAAUUGCUGGCUGAUA